GUCGGCGUGAGUGCGAAAAGAGCGUGGUUUGGGGCUCCCGAGAGCAGCUGCUCACCAAGUUCCCAGCCUCCGUUUGGGAUCUCUGCAUUUGCUCGAGCACGGCCCGGCUGGUAUUAGACUUGGCCGGGCAACUCAAGGUGAAACGCCGGCUAGCCCUGCAGCACGACUACAACCUUCCCUUGGGACCCUGGGGUCAAGAGCAGACGCCUGACCAGCUGAAGGAACACCGAAGUCUCCUGAAGGGAUUCGAGCUGCUCUGCGCGUCCCAGCAUCUAGUGGACUUCGUCGAGAAAUGGGGCGAGGGCGAUUUUCGCGCGAGAUGCUGUUACGCCGCCGACUUCUCCCUCUUCGACCCACUGCCACAGGAGCCCCUUCAGCCCUGGGAGGGCCUGCACAGUUUUGUGACCUUUGUCAGCCCUUGCCCGGAGAAGGGGCUCAGCAUCUUCCUUCGUCUCGCGGAAGCAUUGCCAGACGUGCAGUUCCUGGCCGUGAAGACCGUGACCUGGACCAAGCCAUGGCAUGAGCAGAUCCUGAAGAAGUAUCGGAACGUGAAGGUUCAGGCAGCUACCGAGCCGAUCGACGAAGUGCUCAAGGUGACGAAGGUGUUGCUUGCGCCGUCCGUCUACCCCGAGGCUUUCGCCCUCGUCGUGACGGAGGCUCAACUUCGAGGUAUCCCGGUGGUCUCCACCCGAAGCGGUGGGCUGGCGGAGGCAAACUGCGUGGCGCAGACGGCCGUUGCAGACAUUCCCAUCGUUUUUGACCCGAGGACUCACGAGCUGGUCCUUGGCAUGUCCAUUGACGAGGCUGAAAACUCGCUUUCGGUUGAUCGCCCUGGGGCCUUGACGAUGGAACAGUGGCGGCAGACCGCCAUCACCCAGGAGAACUACCAGAAGGUGGCUGAGGAGUCAGAUGUCCAGCAGCUGAUGGAAGUCCUCCAGGAUUUACUGGCUCAGGGCGGUGGCCCCUUGCGCCAGGCUUCCCAGGACGCCAGGAUAGCUGCGACCUCCUUCGUUGACCGUCGACGAGGGCGCCUAGUUUGCACCGUGCUUCAGUCUUUUUCAAUUAAUUGGAGUCUACAGCUGUGCACGUGCUGGUUCAGCUUCAAUAAUUCUUGCAUGUCUCUGGCUGCGGCAAGGACAAGCUGGAAUUGCACAAUGUGGGUGAGUGUUGCUGUUGCUGUGUUUCCGCUCCAAGUAUUUUCAAAGACAAAGCACAGCUCGCGCCGAGUUAAGCAGACUUCAUCUGGCCCGAGCCUUCGGUUCUCCAGAAUCCAGAAGAAGUCAAUGGCUUAA